AUGUCAACUAACGGAACUCAACAUAUAGCAGACGUACGCACAGAAAAGCGUAUAUACUGUGGACAUACUGGAACUCAUUACAGAUGGGAGCACAAUGGUCGUGGAAUCUACGAUAACAGUUAUUACUCUAACGCUAAGUCAGAAGUACUUACGCUAUUGAAUGUUGAUAGGAAUGAUGAUGGUAUAUACAGAUGUACAUAUUAUCAUAACCAAUGGCAACAUGUGGAUUUUUAUUUAGUUGUGAAAGAUAUUAGAUUACCGAUGAUAUAUCUGCCAAGUAGCCACGAUAUUGCAGCGGUUGGAGCUGAUGUUCUUUUGAAGUGUACGUUUGGUCAAACAAUACCAAAGACCACAACAGGUUGGUGGACAAAGUUCAACAAUGGACUCGAUAAAAACUUAUCAGGUUCAGAUGAACAGAAAUAUCACGUUGGAUCAAUUCAAAGCCUAAAUCUUAACAUAUAUAGAGUAACCGAAAGUGAUUCUGGUGAAUAUAGGUGUUAUGGUGCAAACAAAAAUGGUGGAAAUUUCCUAGCAACGCAGCUGAUGAUUGGAUAUCCUCCAGUAGUUAGUAUCAGUCAGAAAUGCUAUGUCAUUAUAUUAGGAGGUGACGUGACGAUUGAAGUAAGUGUAAGAAAUGUUCCACCGGGUUCUACAAUAAAUUGGACACAGUGGAGAACAUAUAUAAAUAAAAGUCAUCGUCACACAAUUGGAGAACUACGUAAUCCAUUCCUAACAAUCAGAAAUGUCGAACUGAAGGAUGCAGGAAAUUAUACACUCUAUGUCCAAAAUACAUAUGGAAACCAUUCAAGUUUAACGGUGCUGAAAGUGAUUUCAGCUACAAUUAAAGGAUACAAGGGUUACCGUAAAUUAGAAAAAAAGGCAAAUGAUUCAUUUACAAUAGAAUGUGAAGUUUUUGGUGGAAUAGCCGUAACUUGGCGAAAAAAUGGAAAUCAACUGAAAGGAGUUAAUCAGCUUAUACUGAAAAUCAAAAAAAUAUCUCGUGUAAAUAAAGGAAAUUACACAUGUGAAACAAAUUUGGAAACUGUAACUGCAAGGAGCAGCAUAGUACAGCUUGAUGUCAAAGACAAACCACUUGUGACUACGACCAGAACAACGAUUGAGGGUAAUAAAGGAGUUGAUAUAGUACUACCUUGUUCUCAUGACUCCAAUCCAACACCGACACAUGUUUAUUGGAUAAAGAACGGUGUCAACAUUUCUGCCGAUAGGACGACGAAAUAUAACGGCAGUACUAUUGUAUUUCCUUCAUUAGUUAUUCAUGAUGCUGAAAAGAGUGAUUCCGGAAUUUAUAUUUGUUCAUUGUCCAAUAAAUUAGGUAUUGGAUACAGUAAACCAUUCCAACUUGUCAUAAGAGAUACUCCGUCUUCUGAAAGAAAGAAUUAUUCUUAUAAGACGCCUUUGAUUAUCACUCUGUCGGUGAUUGGUAUCAUUCUGAUUUUUGUUGGUCUGGUGGUUUGUUACAAGUAA